AGUCAUAAAUCACAUAAAGUUGCGACCGGAGUUACUAACAGCUUAUUCCAAUACAUCAAAGAUGGGACCUAUUCCUGGAUUUCACACAACAUCUUAUGUAAUCGAUUAUGGAGUUGUGAUAACGGGGAGUACGGUGCAAUGCAUGGCCGAAGUUAUUAAUUAUGGACCUAUUCCUACAAAACUUCAUUUCGCAAAAGGCACUCACAUACCUCCGUGGCUGGGAAUAAAAUUAUGUGGAAAGCUAAGUCCUGGAGAAGCCGGCAAAUUAGAAAUUAUGUUUUCUCCUAGUUCCAACGACUUUAUACAGCUGGAGGAGCCCGUUGAAACGUGUGUUAAUUUAGAGAUACCAUACGGUGUAACAAUACCAAUUCAGAUAAAAGCACUCUGUGCCGUGCCGUAUUUACUAUCCAAUGUGGCAGAAAUUAAUUUCGGGUCUGUUAGAUGUGGAGAUAAAAUUAUUUGUUCAAUACCAUUAAAAAACGUGUAA